CCGCGGUCUUAGCGCCCGGCGAAAGCCACCUGAGAGAACCGAUGAGAGACCGGAAGCACUCGGAAGUCACGUGCUCCCCGGGCCUCGCGAGUGAUUGGCUUGGAAGGACGCGAAGGAUGCCGCUGUGAUUGCUGAAUUGUCUGGGCAGGGUUUGGAGUCUGGUAAGCUCUGGUGACCUGUGUAUCCUUCUGGAGGAAGAGAAGGGAGAGGCCUGCUUUCUCUGGACUCUAGCAGUCACAACCCCAUCAGAGCCCUGAAGGCCCACCUCAGGCAUCAUCAACAUGGAGUUCUGAAGUCCAUGUGGCUCCUCACGGUGAACCAGGUCUUAAGGAAAAUGCAGAGGCGCCAUAGCAGUAACACGGAUAACGGUCCACCUGAAAGGGCUUCUGUGACGAGAUACCGUAUGCUGGGUGGCUUAAACGUUAGCGAUUUAUUGUGUUUCUAUUCUGGAGGCUGGAAGUCCAAGAUCAAGGUGUGGACAGGAAAUCGCAGCCAAGCGCUCAGCUCUGAGGCGAGCGUGGAUGAAGGCGGCGUCUUUGAGAGUCUGAAGGCAGAGUCGGCCUCCCCACCUGCGCUCUUCUCCGGUCUCCCUGGCCUCCCAGCAGGCAGCCUGCCCACCACCCCGUUCCCGUCCAGUCUGGUGCUGGGGGCUUCGGCUGGAGGCGGGGACGUGUUCAUCCAGAUGCCCGCAUCCAGGGAGGAGGGCGGGGGCCGGGGCGAGGGGGGCGCCUACCACCACCGCCAGCCCCACCACCACUUCCACCACAGCGGCCACCGUGGGAACGCACUGCUGCAGCACGUGGGUGGGGACCAUCGGGCCCACUCAGAUGAGGGGGGAGACGAGCAGCCGGGGACGCCGGCCCCUGCCCUGUCUGAGCUGAAGGCUGUGGUCUGCUGGCUCCAGAAAGGCCUGCCCUUCAUCCUGAUCCUCCUGGCCAAAGUGUGCUUCCAGCACAAGCUCGGCAUUGCCGUGUGCAUCGGGAUGGCCAGCACCUUUGCCUACGCCAACUCCACACUGCGAGAACAGGUCUCUCUGAAGGAGAAGAGGUCGGUGCUGGUCAUCUUAUGGAUCUUGGCCUUUCUGGCUGGGAACACCCUAUACGUGCUCUAUACGUUCAGUUCCCAACAGCUGUACAACAGCCUCAUAUUCCUAAAGCCCAACCUGGAGACGCUGGACUUCUUCGACCUGCUGUGGAUUGUGGGCAUUGCCGACUUUGUGCUGAAGUAUGUCACCAUCGCCCUCAAGUGCCUCAUCGUGGCCCUGCCUAAGAUCAUCCUGGCUGUCAAGUCCAAGGGAAAGUUCUAUCUGGUCAUUGAGGAGUUGAGCCAGCUGUUCCGAUCGCUUGUCCCCAUCCAGCUGUGGUAUAAAUACAUCAUGGGGGAUGACUCCUCCAACAGCUACUUCCUAGGAGGGGUCCUGAUUGUUCUCUACAGCCUCUGCAAGUCAUUCGACAUCUGUGGUCGUGUGGGCGGAGUGAGGAAAGCCCUGAAUCUUCUCUGCACCUCCCAGCAGAACUAUGGUGUCCGGGCCACUGGGCAGCAGUGCACAGAAGCUGGUGAUAUCUGUGCCAUCUGCCAGGCUGAGUUCCGGGAACCUCUGAUCCUCAUGUGCCAGACACCUUGUGGGGGAAACAGGGACCCUCUUUUACAGAGAAGGAGGUGGGCUCAGCAAGGAGAAAAGACAGACUUGCCUGAGGUCCCCCUGCUUCUCGGUAGCAGAACCAGAGCCCCGGAUUCCAGAGGCCAGGAUGCAGCCUCCUGCUUUGAGAUGUUCUCAAGGCUGCAUUCAAAGAGUAGACCCUUUUCCCGGAAAUGCCUAGGAGCAUGCUGUGCCCUGUGCGGCUAAGCAUGUGCGCAUCACCUCCAGAGACUGAAUGAACAGCUGAGCUGGGUUCGGACUCAGCACCUGUGAUGACUCCUCCAUCCAUGCGUUUAUGCACCAGGUGCUUUUCCGAGCACCGACAGCGUCCCAGCACUAACUUUGCAACCCCAGGCAAUGAGUUCCUUUGCGGCACUGACCCUCCAUGUCCUCUUGCAAUCCAGGAAUGAAAAUGCUCACCCUGGGCAGUUUGCAGGCUCUUUAAUACAGUCGAAUGAGAUGACGUGUAGAUCUGUGUGUGGGUUUUGAAAAGCAUAGCGUGUUUUGCCGAUUUUCAGUGGAAGUGUUUAAUUCUAAAGCCGGACAAAGGUGGCCAGGUUUGUGAGAUUCAAGCGGAGCUGUGGCUAGCUCUGUGUGUGUGUGUGUCCCUUGUCUGAUAGUAGCCCCACUUUCAGUAAUGUCGUUUUCCCAGUCAACUGCUACAAACAUCCCUCCCCACAUUCUUCAUGUGUGACCAGUAUAAAUAGAACAUAAUGGGGGAGAGUGUUUGCUAUGGAGGCAGACACUUCUUGUAUCAGUUACCCGUUGCUGCCUAACAAAUGAGCCUGACACUCCCCAGCUGAAAGCAACUAGCGUUUAUCAUCUCAGAGUUUGCAUGAAUCAGCAAUCCAGGCAUACACAGCUGGGUCCCCUGCAUCAAAGUCUCUCCCAGGCUGCAGUCAGGACACCAGCCAGGGUACCACAGGGAAGGAUCUGCUUCCAAGCUCAGUCAUGUGGCAGUGGCAGGAUUCAGUUCCUCAUGGGCUGUAGGACAAAGCGUCUGUUCCUCGCUGGUAGGUGUGGUCAGAAGCUACCCCGGCUUCCUUGUUGCACUGACUUCAUCAGAGCAAACACGUGGGAGGCCCGAGAAAGAGUGCGAGAUGGAAGGCCCCGUCUGCUGUAAUCUAAUCUCAGAAGUGACACCCAGUCCUCUUUACUCUAUUCCCUUGGUUUGAAGCAAGUCACUGAGUACAGCUGCACUCAAGGGGAGGGGACAGGCCACACAGGGUGUGAAUCCCAGGAGGAGGAGAUCCCUGGGAGUCAUAGUAGAAGUCAGCCUACGGCAUCCCUGAAGUUGAAUUCCAGCCUCACUACCUAGCAGCUGUGUGCCCUUGGGCAGGUGGCUCUCCCUCUCUGAGUCACGUUGGUCUGUGAGCUGUUGUGAGACUGUAUCUAAAGGACAGGAGCAGUGCCUGGCACAGCAUUUGUGCUCAGUGAGGGAGAGGGCCCAUGAUCAUUACCUGUCCUCCUCAUCAGAACAAUCCACCCAGACCUGGCCUGGCUGCUUCCUUCUUUCUCAACUCACACUGGACACCAAGUGCUGGGCUAGGAGAUGCCCUUCUCCCAACCAGAGCCUCCUCUUUCUCAUGAGGGUUAGCUUCUGUGCUUGUGGGGGCUCUUGUCCCCAGCCCUCACUUUACCCACCUGCUCUGAAUCUUUGAGCAAAACUUAGGGAAUCUGGAUAGAAUUCAGGGGGAGGGGAGGGUGGCCCAUCUGACCCCAGGGGCUCCUCACCUGCCUCCGUGCUCCAGGAGACACAGCCAGGGAACCGUUAACGACCUAGUGCCACCUGCCUUCCCCACUAACCAUAAACCCACCCAGUCCUACACUUCCCCGCCCAGGGGGGUCCCUCCUCCCCCUCCCUCUGUAGAGGCUCAUCCUUCUCUCCAGAUGCUGGAAGCGGGCCCAGGGUGAUGACCUCCUCCAGCUGGGCCCCUGUAUCGACGAGUGUUCUUUGAACCUCUUUAUUUGGCACUAGAUUCCAUCCUGCCUAAUUCUCUGAGGAGGAGACUGUGAGCUUCUGGAGAGUAGCGGCCAGGUCUAAACCAUCCUGGUUUCUCCAGAAUCUCCCACCUGACCUACCUGGGAAGACAUUCCUUUGUCAGCUACAUUUACAGAGGCCCUGCUGUGUGCAGGCCCGGGGCUAGGCAAUGGGAACACAACAACAGUCAUUGCCCUCAUGAAGUUGACCAGCCAGAGGGCAGUGCAAAUGGUAAAUGAGCAGUUAGAAGAGUGGUUCUCAGAGUGUGGCCCAGGUACCCCCUGGUGUUCCCAUUCAUUUUCAUGUGCUUGUGUAAUCUUGUGUUUUCAAUAGAUACUGGUUUCAAUUUCUAAUACAGUAAAUAUAGCCAGAUUUGACCCACAUAUACAAAAGCUCUUUGAGAUCUUCAGUGAUUUUUUUUAAGACUGUAAAGGGGCCUUGGGCCCAAAACAUUUGAGAACCGCUGAAUGAGAUGUGCGAGAGCCUCGUGAAUAUUUUUUGAAUGAAGGAAUGAAAAGCUGCUCAUUUCCUGUUCACCUGACUCAAGUAUUGAGCUUCCCGUGAACAGGGCUUGUGUUGCUUUCUUCUACGUAAGUACCUCCUUUUCCUGGGGAACAAGGUUAAGUCUCAUUCAGUCGCUGAGCAAACAUUUCCUGAGCACCUGCCACGUGCUCAGAACCGUGCUGGGAGCGUGGUCCCUGCCCUCCAGAAGCCCUUAAUGCAGUGAACAAGACAGAUGAGUUUGUGGAUCAUUCCAGAGGCGUGAGUGUGAUGCUGUGAGAGAGGCCUUCCCCAGGAGGAACCUGGAAGGGGAAGGCACAUUCAGCACUUCCAUUUGCAGGAGACAGUAAGGCAUGGAGGUCAGGGAACAUCACGGAGAAGGGGAGGUGUGAUGGCUUGGGCUAAGUCUUCUGCAAGAAGUAGGCACCCACCAGCUGAUAAGAAUGGAGGAAGGGCGUAUGGGCGUCCCAGACAGACUUUACAGCUUGCCCUGAGGCUUAGCAGUAUGACUCAGCUUUGCACUGCAAGUCAUCCAGUGUGUCAGUGACAUCGGCCACCCCAGGGGGACUGAUGAGGGGGAAGGGGGAGGGCACCAUUACAGAGGGACUUGAGUGCCCUGGGUGGGAGUCUAGAGAAGCUGCUGGGCCUGCUGACCCCUGGGUCCUGCCCUUCAGACCACGGUGAGCGUCCAGGCACAGCCUUCGAGGCUCUGUGUGGCCUGCUCACCUCUUGCUGCCCACUCCCUGCACUUUCCUGCUGUAGCCACACUGGCCUUCCUUGAGUGCCUCCACGCCCUCCCAUCUCAGGAGCUUGGCACAGCUGCUCCCUUCAGCCUGGAAUGCUCUAUCCCUACCCCCCUCUCUUCACCCAUUCAACUCCUAAACAUCCCUCAGGCCUUAACACAAGUGUGCCCCCCUCCAGGAAGCCUUCCUAGACUACCCCCUGGAUCAGACUGGUCCCCUGUUGCAUGGAGCAUCAUGGAGUUCUCCUUCAGAACACUGUUUACAGUUAGACACCUACUGCACUCCGUGCUAGGAAUGGGUUUACAAGAAGCUUACAGUCUGUCAGGGAGAGACAGAUAAUAAACAAUAAAUAGAUAUAAUGUAACAAUAAUCCUUACUGUGUAAUAGCCAACAUUGAUAGCACACUUAACUAUUGACCAGGCAUUGUUCUAAGUGCUUUUUAAUUUAAUCUUUUAAAACUUUUUAAGAACAUUGUAUUUGGAUUUUCAUAUUAUCAUUUUAUCAGUUUUAUUUUGAAAAAAUUAAAAGCUACAGAGCAAAAGGAUAGUAGAAUGAACACCCUUUUAUCUGUUAUGUAGAUUCACUAAUCAUUAACCUUUUACAUUUGCCUUUUCUUAGUGUAAAUGUUUUUCCCCCUUGCCUGUUGAGAAUAAGUUGGUGACAUUUUGAUUCUUCAUCUGAAAAUAUUUCCUUGUUCACCUUUGAAGAACAAGGACAUCCUCUCCCAUAACUGCAAUUCCACCGUCACACCCAGGAAAUUUAAAAUUGAUGUAAACUAUAUCUAAUAUAUGGUAUAUAUCCAGAUUUCUCUACCUGUCUUCAAAAUAUCCUGCAUAGCUGGGGUUUUCCCCCAUCCAGGCUCCAACUGAGAAUUGUAUGCUGCCUUUGACUGUUACGUCUAAGCACUUUUAAUGUGAAGCAAUCUUCCUAUGAGUGGAGUACUCUUAGCAGCAUUUUGGAGGGCCCCUGGCUGGCUC